AGUGAGUGAUUGACUUUAUCAGUCCAAGGACAUCAUUCGCCUGGAAAGGGGGGGAAGUUUGAUCUUCUUUCUCACGGAUCCCAGUUACGGGAGUUUUCCUCCCGUUUACCGAGACUCGGAAUUAUCCUUUCGUUUUUCAAUUCAACAUUUCUUUAUUGAAGCCUACGUGAAAUUGUGCUCAGUUUACCGUUACCCACUUCACUCCACUAAACUGGGGUUUCUCAUAUUUUUUUUUUCUUUUUCACUUGCUUUUUCUCGAUUGAGCCCAAUGACUAUGCUCCUUGAUAGCGCUCCUCAGUUCCCUCCACUAGGAGUAGGGGGGUUCGGAACGCCUAGACACCAUGAGUUGGGAAACCGAGAUCCCGGGCUGGGGCUCAGUCCAUUCGCAGAUUCAUCUCACUCGGCUGCCUUCAAGAUAAGUCCCGUUACUCACGAUAUCGCCUCCAGCCAGUCAUCAGCGUUCACCCCGCAAGCUACUGGAUACGCAGCCGCGCUCGGACACCACCACGGAGGACAAGUUGGUUCUUACGCCGGUGGAGCAUUCAAUUCGACCAGGGACUUUCUCUUCAGAAACAGGGGCGCAGGCAUCGGAGAGACCGCACCGCCGAGUGCCCAGCAUGGAAUCUUUGCCGCUUCUGCUGGGAGUCUACACGGGCCCCCCGGAAUUUCGGACAACCCGGGACAUCUGUUGUUUCCUGGACUUCACGACCAGAGCGUGAGCCACACUUCACCGGGAGGACAUGUUGUAAACAGUCAAAUGCACCUGGGUUUACGCGGGGACAUUUUUGGCCGUCCAGAUCCGUACCGAUCUGUGGCCAGCCCUCGUACGGACCCUUACGGCACAGCUCAGCUCCAUAACUACAACCAUCCCAUCAAUAUGAACAUGGGGAUGAACGUACCCACACACCACGGUCCGGGGGCCUUCUUCAGAUACAUGCGGCAGCCUAUUAAGCAAGAAAUGUCUUGUAAGUGGAUAGAUGAGAAUCAGAUGAACAGACCCAAAAAGACUUGUGACAGAACUUUCAGCACAAUGCAUGAAAUGGUGACACAUGUUUCAAUGGAACACGUUGGCGGCCCAGAACAGAGUAAUCAUAUUUGCUUCUGGGAGGAUUGCCCGAGAGAGGGGAAAUCCUUUAAGGCCAAAUACAAACUCGUGAACCACAUCCGAGUGCACACUGGAGAGAAACCGUUCCCUUGUCCGUUCCCCGGUUGUGGGAAAAUCUUUGCAAGAUCAGAAAAUCUUAAAAUUCACAAACGAACUCACACAGGUGAGAAGCCAUUUAAAUGCGAGUUCGAAGGCUGCGACAGGCGCUUUGCGAACAGCAGCGACAGGAAAAAGCACAUGCACGUGCACACAUCUGACAAGCCAUAUAUCUGCAAAGUGUGUGACAAGUCCUAUACACACCCCAGCUCUCUCAGGAAACACAUGAAGGUACAUGAAUCACAAGGCUCAGAGUCGUCUCCAGCUGCUAGCUCUGGAUACGAGUCCUCCACGCCGCCAGUGCUGGUUUCUGCGAACACUGAAGACCCGACAAAAACACCCACGUCUGCAGUGCAAAAUACAUCUGCACACAGCGAUGGACUACCACCUAAUUUUAACGAAUGGUACGUUUGAAGCUCCAAGCAGAUUCUCAAAUGGUGGACCAAAAGGUUGAAGUAACCUUUUAAUAAACUAUUUACGCUAUGGCGUUCAAAAUAGCAUUGAAACAACAGGAAAAGAUGAGAGUUCGCCAACAGGCCUCGUCCAUUCUCAGGAUUCGAAAUUUGACUUUAUUCCGAGUUCGAAGAAAACUAGCAAGACAUACAAUAACAAAAUAACACUUUCUAAGAAUAAAUGGUUUUCAUUUAGUUUUCAGAUUUCAGAUGAUUAUUUUAUUUUUAAUUUUAUGUAUUUUCUGAAGAAAAAAAAACAAUAUUUAAAAAUAAUGGCAAAGAAAGAAUAUUUCACGGUGUUUUAUAUUAAGGUGACACUCACAUCACCUUUUGAUUGAUUGUUAAAACUUCAGACAGUCUUAAGAAACGUGCCAAAGUCUUUGUCUUGAACUUGAACAAAAAAUAAUAAAUCAUAAAUAAGUAUAUAGCCUACUCGUGAAUGUAUUUCCUUGUUUGAUGGAGUCAAAUCUGUUGUCCAAGUCCGUUUUCAGGUGGAGGAAUGUGGUAUUAGCUUACGAUUGUUACCUUUGAAUAUAACGUUGCCUUUGUUAAUAAUGAUGUAAAUACAUAUCCAUGAUGCCAUAUUUAUCAAUUUGUAAUUUAAUUAUCGGCGAAAGAGCCGAAUCUUAAAUGAUAUUUAUGGAAAUGUUUUCUAACAAGACUGUACAGUUUUGAGUCAAUAACCAGUUUUAACGAUGAAAAGGGAGUCAGUUCUAAAGUUCCCACGAUACGAUUGUAUCUUUUUUAACCAAUAAAUGUGUCUUAUCUGGGUCGUAAAGUAUUAAUUAUAUUAAUAUUAUGACAUGACAUGACAUGAUCUAUAUUUUCAAGUAUUUUCCAACGCAAGUUCAUGUG